CCCGUUGAAAGUGUGUCUUGUAGAAAGCUCCUCCGCUUUCCACAGUUAGACUCCAAUGGAUUGCAGUUUGUCUGUUUUUCCAAAACUAAUUUUGUCUUUAUUUUGUGCCCUGUUGUUUCUAUGGCACCAGAUAUCAACAAACAUGGCCACCCUGAGCAUGAAACCAGGUUUGCGUUACAGCGUGUCUGACUGGAAGACCAACAAUAAACAGAUCUCAGACACUGCUGAGCAUAGGCGAAACAUUUCACAUGAGAUACGCCAGGAUGGAAGAGCUCUGCGUAACCAGACAGCUAAUAAGACAAACUGGGAUGAGUAUGAAAGCAGCCGGCGACUGAGUGACAGAAUCAAUGACAUCACAUGCUGGAAAGAGAAUAUUAAAGCUUGUGCACAGGAAGUGGAUGUGGAAAUGGAUGCUCUCACUCUGUCCAAGGAGGAGACAGAACGUGCUCUUGCAGCCACUGUUCUGCCACUGGAAGUUACUGCAGAGUGCUUGACAUUGAGGGAAGGCCGUCGUGGCAUGGAGCUGGUCAGUGACCCUGUGGAAGCUGAGCUUAAGAAAGAAGUGGAGGUGAUUGAUGGAGCACAGGGGAUCCUUCAGCAGUGCAUUGAUCAGGCCUUUGAACACUUGUGUCGCCUACAGGAAGUACGCCAACAGCUGACCAUUGACCUUCAGGAUAAAAUAGAGGCUCUUGAUGUGGAUAUGUCCUGCUUGUCUCUCACUAUACAGUCACCUGAGAUCUCCCUGAAACCAAACCCCACUAGGGUGCCCCCGGGCACCACAACUCCCCAGCAGUGGGAGGACUUCAGUCAUUACAAUAUUACCAGAGCCAAGGAAGAGAUGCAGGACUCUAUGCAACUCAGAGAGAAUAGCAGCAUCACAAGAGCACAGGUGCAGAAUGAGUUGGAGGCCCAACGAAUGGCCAUGGAGUUUGCUCUGCGUAAGCGAACUCAUCACCUGGAACAAGCCCAUCAGGAACUGCAGUGGCAGCUGAAAACUACUCAGGAUGAGAUUGCUGAGCUGGAGAAGGACAUUGCUGGCCUGGAGGAUGAUUUACAGGCCAAGAUGGCUCCUCUAAAGUUGGUCCACACCCGCCUGGAGAACAGGCUCAAGAGGCCUGGUAUGGACCUGUGCCGAGAUGAGGUGCAGUUUGGGUUGGUGGAAGAGGCCAAGCAGUUGGACGCUACAAUUUUGACAUUGAAACAGAAGCUAGCACAGGCCCAGCACUCUCUGCAGUCUCUGAAGCAGCAUGAAGCUCAAAUGACAGAGGAUCUGUCUCGCAAGCAGGAUGCCCUGUCGCUAGAACAGCGCAGCAGUCAGACUCGCCAGCGCCUCACUCUGGUUGGCAACACUGAGAGACUGCCUUCAGCUGUGGUGCCCCUCACCAAUUCUUGUGGCAGACACAAGCUGGAUCUAGCAUGAGUUGGCUUCCUGAUUCUUGUGACUUGGUCUAGCAAUGUGGUUUUCAACUGGUAGGUCUGUUCUGUUAAGGUUGUGGACAGCAGAGAAAGACAAUGCAAAUGAUAAAAUGCAACUAACCAUGUAACCAUGCUCAGCUAGAUCAGAUAGCAUAAAUAUGCUUUUGAAUUUUUUAAAGAGAGGAGAAUAGGCCCAAACUAUAUUAAAGGGUUAGUUCACCCAAAAAUGAAAAUUCUCUCACAAUUUACUUACCUUUAAGCCAUCCCAGAUGUGUAUGACUUUCUUCUUCAGCAGAACCGAAAUUAAGAAUUUUAUAAGCCCAUUUCAGCUCUGUUUGUCCAU